UAACCCUCUUUUAACUAGGAAGAGGAACGAACGAGAGAGCGUUCUCCGCGCUAAAGAAAUUCCAAAAACAAAAAAAAAAGUUUCGAUUUUUUCAUUUUACCUAAAUCGAAAUAUUCUCCUCGCCGCUGGGCUCAACAAUCCGUUAACCCGACCCGGAAACAAACUCCGAUUUUGAUUUCAACACUAAAACACUACACCAACAUGCUGACCUCACUCCCACCACAAUGACCCGCACCGAACCCAACCGGAGCUCAAAAUCCGAUUCCGAUAAUUCCGGCGGCGGCGGCGGAGGAGGAGGAGGAACCACCGCGAUGAGGGUCAUCGUUCCGCUACAGGGCGUGGUUCAAGGCCGCGGCGGGCUGUUCCUAGGCUCCGUGAUCCCCUGCGCUUUCUUCUACUUCCUCCAGUUUUACCUCAAACGCAACCGCAAAAACGAACCCGACUCCUCCGCCGGCGAACCGAGCCCCGAUUCGGAUCCUAGCUCGGGCUCCCCGGAUCCGACCCGGUCGCAAUCCGCCGGGAACCUAACGGAGCUCGCGAGCUUGCCUCGCUCCCUCUCUCGGAUUCUCCUCUCGCCGAGACUCUCCGGCGGAGCCGUCUCCGUCUCCGGGAGGGCUGGUUUUGUUAUCAAGGGAGGAGAAGACUCGCCUUACUACGCGGGUCAGAAACGGGUCGAGGAGGAUCCGUAUGACGAGUCGGGUAACCCGGACGGAGUCAUCGAGCUCGGUUCAGCUCACAACAACAUAAAGGAAGAUGGAUGGGUUUCGGACAAUCCAAGAGAAGUAAUCUCAGAUGGGUUGUGUAUGAGUGGCAUUGCUUCUUACGAGCCUUGUCAUGGACUUAUUGAACUCAAAACGGCGGUGGCAGGAUUCAUGUCCGAAGCAACCAAGAACUCGGUUUCUUUCGAUCCAACGCAGCUAGUUUUCACUUCUGGUGCAGCAUCCGCCAUUGAGAUUCUCUCCUUCUGCUUAGCUGAUUCCGGAAACGCCUUCCUCGUUCCUACUCCCUGUUCCCCGGGAUACGAUAGGGAUGUUAAGUGGCGAACGGGAGUGGAUCUCAUACACGUUCCAUGCAGAAGCGCGGAUAACUUCAACAUAUCAAUGCUUGUUCUCGAUCGAGCCUUCUACCAAGCCAAGAAACGAGGCGUUAGAAUCCGUGGCGUCGUAAUCUCAAACCCUUGGAACCCCACGGGGACUCUCUUGAGCAGAGACAAUCUCUACGCGCUUCUUGACUUUGCCCGCGAGCGGAACAUUCACAUCAUCUCAAACGAAGUCUUCGCUGGGUCGGUCCACGAAGAAGGAGGAGAGUUCGUUAGCAUGGCUGAAGUAGUUGACACGGAGGAGAACGUGGACAGAGAAAGAGUUCACAUCAUCUACGACCUCUCCAAAGACUUGUCCUUCCCGGGCCUUAGAACCGCAGCUAUCUACUCGUUCAACGAGAAUGUUCUAUCCGCUUCGAGAAAGCUCACAACGCUGUCUCCAGUCUCUUCUCCUACACAGCAUCUGCUCAUAUCGGCAAUCUCUAGUCCCAAGUUUGUUCAGAGGUUUGUGAAAACCAACAGGGAGAGGUUGACGAGGGUCUACACGGAGCUUGUCAAGGGGUUGAAAGAGUUGGGGAUCGAGUGCACGAGAAGCAGUGGUGGGUUCUUCUGUUGGGCGGAUAUGAGAGGGUUUAUAUCGUCUUACAGCGAGAAAGGCGAGAUUGAGCUGUGGAACAAGCUUUUGAACAUUGGGAAGAUCAAUGUAAUACCGGGAUCUUGUUGUCAUUGCAUUGAACCGGGAUGGUUUAGGGUAUGUUUCAGUAAUUUGUCGGAGAGAGAUGUGCCUGUAGUUAUGAACCGCAUUAGGAAAGUUUGUGAAACUUGUAAAUCUCAGAAUUGAUUUUUUUUUUUUUGAUAAUUGAUUAUCUGUUCUGAACCAAA